AGAAGAAGAAGAUGAAUUCAGAAACAGGACGUUGCGUCUAAUCUGAAAACCUGCAGACUGCUGAACAUGAAUAAACCUGUUUAGCGUCUGACUCAACCUAAAUGACAAAUUGGCUGACCUGCACAUCUUCUGAAUUCACGGACAGCUGGACUUGAAUUGGCUCCCUGAAGUUUCUCCCUUUACCCCUAAUCAUGGUAGAGUACUACCAGGUGUUAGGAGUACGGAGAGAAUCGUCUGCAGAUGACAUAAAGAAAGCUUACAGAAAGCUGGCCUUGAAAUGGCACCCUGACAAAAACCCAGAGAACAAGGACGAGGCAGAGAAGAAGUUCAAGGAGCUGUCAGAGGCGUACGAGGUGCUCUCAGACGUGAACAAGAGGAGCCUUUAUGAUCGCUAUGGCAAAGAGGGGCUGACAGGGAACAAUGGAGGAAGAGGAGGGCAUUUCCACAACGGAAAUCAUUUCCAAGAACCGUUCACAUUCCGAAACCCAGACGACGUCUUCAGGGAAUUCUUUGGAGGCAGAGACCCGUUCGCUGACUUCUUUGGUGCAGAUCCGUUUAGUGAGGAUCCGUUCUUCAGCGGCGGUCGGCGGCACCACAGUCAGCGACAUCGCAGCCGGACAGGCGGCUCGUUCUUCGGGGGCUUUGUUGGUUUUCCUCCCUUUGGUGCUGGCUUCUCACCUUUUGACCCAGGCUUCGGUUCUUUCGGCUCUAUGAGCCCCAUGGGUCAUAUGGCUCCCAUGGGUCACAUGACAACCAUGGGCAGCCUGGGAGGUGGCGGCUUCACCUCGUUUUCCUCCAGUUCCUUCGGAGGAGGAGGAGGUGGCGGAGGAGGUGGAGGAGGCAUGGGAAACUUCCGCUCUGUUUCUUCCUCCACGAAGAUCAUCAACGGCAGGAAGAUCACCACUAAGAGAAUAUAUAGAGAACGGUCAGGAGCGGGUGUGAGGUGGAGGAGACGGCCACUGCAGUCACUCACCGUGACGGGAAGGAGCAGCUGCUUGCGACUGGAACCACACAGUGAGAGGAGGAGGAGGAAGGAGGAGGAGGAGGAGGAGAAGGAAGGGGGAGUGUACCCUCAGCACAACACCACCAACAUACUUGAGCUUGACGCAGAAGGAGGGAAAAAAAAGCAACAAAGCUGAUGUAAUAAUAGUCUCUCUGGUUUUGUUUUGGGGGGGAUGUAACAAUACUAGGUUUAUCUCCCCGGUCCUCAUGCGUCGUUCCCCCCCGCUGACUCUCCGCUGUUCUCCGAUUAUUCCAAUUGGGAGAUUUGGACGCAGACCUUUCUAUGCAUUUCGUUCAUGUGUUUCUGAAUUGGAGCUGUGUUAAUUUUUUGGCUCAGGGUGGUGUUAUUGUUUCUGUGUUUGGGACCACAGUGUUAUUCUGAUGUAUGAUGACCAGCCCCCCCCAUCGCCCCGCCUCCACGUUACUUUCUAUAUGCACUCCACUAUGUUCAGAAAACAAGGCAUGACUUUGCUUCUCCAUCUGCAAAUAGAAAAUAAAAUUUGAUUUUAAAAAGUGGGUUAAAACGACUGAACCCCCCCCCCCCUCUCUGUUUACUGCUAGUCUAACAUCUUCUUAGUAAUAAUUAUUUUUUAUUUAAAAAAAAAUGCUGGUAGGAUGAGUUAUGCAAUUUUAUAUGUUCUAAUACCAAUGUGUUCUCUGUUUAUUUAAUUAUGCAUGUACACCUGUCAAUGUUGAGUCUUAAUGUUAAAGCUGCAUUAUGAUGCACAAAUAAUGGAAGGCGUUCUAUAAAUGAUAUAUGGAUAUAGAAGGAAUUUUGUGUACUUUGUAAAACCAAUAAAUCAGAAUUUCAUCCUGUUUUCAGGAUGCUCAAACAUGGCUGCUCUCUAGGCUCACAGUUAGAUAAGGUCACAUUUCUGCAGAUUCUUAGGAAUGUGACUUAAAUUACUUCUUGGUAAAAACAAUAGACUCGUUUGACAAAGAGACAAUCAGACUAGCUCUGUGCACUGUACAGUCAAACCUGUGGGACUCGCAAUCUGAUGUUUGUUUGCAAAAUUAUAUUUGGGGGGGCGGUUUGUUAUGCUACUAGCCAUACAACAUUAGUGCAUGCAGCCAAAGCAUGCGGGCAAAAGCUUUACACUGUUAGAUUGAAAACUAACGACAGAUGACCUCAAUCUGAGUGUUAUGAAAAUGCAAACUCUUGUAACACAGUGUACUGAGGUGAAGGGUAAGUUCAGUCAGGUACACUUCCUUUACAUUCAUUCUCUUUCUCCUCAGCUCAUUAUGGGUUCCACUUUCUUAAGGGGUUAUUUCCAGAUUUGUGGGGUUUGCUUCUUCCUGAAACAUGUACCUACUGCUAGCUUGCUAAGUUCCAUUAUUUUUAUAAUUCAAAAUUUGCACGUAUUGCUGAGGAAAUAUUUACCUAGGCCCUGACCUUUGACCCAGUUUAUCAGUGCACUUGCAGAGCUCAGGCCUGCGAACUUGGGAUCAUGGAACUCUCUUGAAGAGAAGCUUUGUUUUGCAUUUAGGGACAUCUGGUCGUGCAUCUUAUCGGGGACGUGUUCCCCUUUGGCACAUAUAUAUUAACAAGGAGUCCUAGUGCUUUGUUUGUUGUGUCUUGUCAUGCAAAAUGCUGAUUAUUCUCUCAGAGCUAGCUAACUACUUUGGAUGGGGGGAGAGAACUUCAGAAUUAGUCAGGCAGGAGCUGUGUGACUUGGUUGCUGCAGCGAAUGUCUUUGUCAAUUCUCUGGCUGUAACAGCUCUCCUGUGUUCUCCUUGUGUUCCGAGUCCUUGCUCCAAAUAAAAUAUGUGUGAUCA